AUGAUCGGCUGUAAUCGUCUUCAAAGAAUUGCGGCUUUAGCGAGUGUCUCUCUAAUAUUUUUCUUGUUAUGCGUCAAGUAUCUUGAUACGACUCAACUCCGCACUCGAUGGCUAGCUCCAAUCCCCGAAAACGAAACACCAUGGUCUUUACCCACCGAAACUCCAGAUAUAAACUCGGACAUCGAUAAUAACCAAACCGAUGUUAAGCGGAGAGACGCAGUUGUAGCCGCAUUCAAACACGCAUGGGCAGGUUAUGAGCGAGAUGCAUUUGGCUGUGACGAGUACCGCCCUGUGUCAAGAACUGGGAAGAAUCUUACCACAGACCGAGGAAUCGGCUACAUGAUCAUCGAUGCCCUGGACACCAUGCUCAUAAUGGGAGAACCACUCCGGAAGGAAUAUCUUCGUGCUCGGCAUUGGGUCGAGACAGAACUUGACUUUGACCGCGAUGGUCGGUAUAGCACCUUCGAAAUUACCAUACGUGUUUUGGGGGGUCUGCUUAGUGCUUACGCUCUUUCCAACAACGACGAACUCUACCUUCGUAGGGCCCAGGAGCUUGCAGAUCGCUUGUUACCAGCCUUCAACACUCCUCAUGGACUUCCUAUACCUAAUGUGAACUUUCACAGCGAACCAAACCCUAACUGGGGAGGGGAGCCUAUUAGUACAGCAGAAGCUGCCACUCUCCAGCUUGAAUUUAAAUAUUUGACCCAUAUUACCGGGAAGGAUGUCUAUUGGAAAACGGCUGAGAAGGUUAUGGAUGUAGUCAAAAAAGCGCUGAAGGGAGAAAAUGUUGUCGAUGGAGCGUUAGUUCCCAUUAACCUGAAUGCGAACAGCGGGGAGUUCUAUUAUAGUGAUAUUCGGCUAGGAUCCCGUGGCGAUUCCUAUUACGAAUACCUUCUUAAACAGUAUAUUCAGACUAACCGUACCGAGCCCGUCUACAGAGAGAUGUACGACAGGGCCAUGGUAGCAAUCCACAAAAACCUAGUUUUCAAGACGCCUUUGAACAAAUUGACAUACAUUGCAGAGCUGGAACCUACAAGAUCCGCUAAAAUCCAAGACAAAUGGAAAGUUACCCCCAAACAAGACCACCUGGUUUGUUUUUUGGGUGGAUCACUACAGCUUGGGGUCACUGAAGGCCUCAAUAUAAAUCCAGAAGCUGUAAGAAGGCUCUCUGCAGCAAAGCAGCGAGAUUGGAAACUUGGAGAGGAGUUGACUAGGACCUGUAUGGCUACACACGAAACUAAAACACCUAUGUCUAGACCUGAAACAGUGGAAUCAUUGUUCUUGGGAUGGCGUCUGUCUGGAGAUAUCAAGUACCGAAAGUGGGGCUGGCAAGUAUUUCAAGCGAUCGAAAAGUACUGCAAGGUACCGAAAGGCGGGUACUCCGGCGUGGAAAGUGUGUUCGAAGUUCCCGUAGUCCUCUUGGACAAUAUGGAGACGUUCUUUGUGGGAGAAACACUGAAAUACCUAUAUCUACUCUUUGAUGACUCGUCGAGCAUACCAUUGGACAAAUACGUAUUCAACACGGAGGCUCAUCCGUUACCUGUAUUCUCCCCCAAGAGCUAA